GCUAAGUCUCCUGCUGACCAUCACUCACCCAAAUACCGGUUGGCAGACCACAAUGCAACACGUUUUGGAAUAUGCAUUGGAUCGGGCUGAGUACAUUGUUGAAAGUGCUCGUCAAAGGCCAGCGAAGAGGAGAGCCUCAUCCGGAGGGAAGAAGAGUUUAUACCAGAAACUAUACGAGCUCUACAUCGAAGAGUGUGACAAAGAACCAGAGCUCAAGAAGCUGCGUAGGAAUGUGAACCUACUGGAGAAGCUAAUGUGUCAAGAGUCCGUGUCGUGUCUGGUCGUCAACCUCUACCCUGGCAACCAGGGAUACUCCCUCAUGCUCCGCGGCAAGAAUGGAUCUGACUCUGAGACGAUCCGUCUGCCGUAUGAGGAAGGCCAGCUGUUGGAGUACCUGGAUGCUGAGGAGCUUCCUCCUAUCCUGGUGGAUCUCUUAGAGAAGUCCCAGGUGAACAUCUUCCACUGUGGCUGUGUGGUAGCUGAGGUUCGAGACUACAGACAGUCUGGCAACACUAAGAUGCCCUCCUUCCAGAGCAGACACGUCCUGCUACGACCCACCAUGCAGACACUGAUCUGUGACGUCCAUGCCAUGACCAGUGACCACCACAAAUGGACUCAGGACGAUAAGUUCCAGUUGGAGAGCCAGUUACUGCUGGCCACAGCUGAUCCUCUGUGUCUGGAUCCAUCUCUCUCUGUCACCUGUACAGCCAACCACCUGCUCUAUAACAAGCAGAAGAUGAACACUCACUCUAUGAAACGUUGUUUUAAGCGUCACUCUCGGGCGGCGUUGAACCGUCAGCAGGAGCUGUCCUACCUGCCCAUGCCCCCCCAGCUGCGUCUCUAUGACUACCUGCAGAGGAGGAAGGAGAGGAAGCCGGCCCCCUCGAUAGACCUGAAGUUCCCCAAGGCCGGAAGCUGUGUGGACAUGUGGAAGCAGAGCAACUGCCAGCUGACUGUCCCCAAGGAGAUUGAUGUGGAGAAAUAUGCAGUGGUGGAGAAGUCUGUGAAACUGGAGGAAUCUCAACCCACUGUAUGGCCUGCAGAGGAAGUGAUAGAUGACUAUACGUUUGAGUGUGAGGUCGGGGGUAAGACCCAGAGGACCAAGGUGUCCAUCUUCCAGUCGGUGGGCGACCCUCUGGUCUACGGAAAGAUCUACUGCGCCAAACAACCCAAAGUUGAGGAGGACAGCAGCGACCUUCAGAUCCUACACCCAUCUUUCCUAAUCGGCUCGAAGAUGGAUGCCAAUCGGUUCCUGUCCCAGUAUAAGGGUGUGUAUGAGUCAGACGUGAAGUGCCAGGUGAAGAUGUCUCAUAACUCAGGAUUCGUGGGACGGAACCGGCUCUCACCCGGCAGAGAGACAGAGGCGGAUGGUCUACCAGCCCUGGUUCAGUCGUCGGGUGUGUUGGGGAAGGGGGUGAAGCACCGGCCUCCCCCUAUCAAACUACCAUCCGCGUCGGGCAGCAGCUCCACGGGUAACCUGUAUAGUUCAGCCCAGGCUACCAGUGGUCUCCUUAAGUGUCCUACGCCCCCCCCGGGAACAGGCCCCGGCUCAUCCAAGCCCCAGUCUCUGAGUAGGAAGCACUCUGUGGAGCUGGGGCAGGGGUUACAGCUGGGGGGGCAGUUAGGACAGGUGGGGUUGUUGUCCCCGGUAGCCCUAUCUCCCAUGGGGACGACACAGAGAUCGGGGACCCCCAAACCCUCCACCCCCACCAGCACCCCUGUUCCACCCCUCACCCCGCCGACUCCCUCCUCUCCCUCUGUCCCCUCCCGUCCUCUGUCCCCCCCGCCCCCGGAGCCCCAGGCCCUCCUGGCUCCGUACCCUCAGCAGCAGCUGUCCCUGUCCCAGCCUUUGCCCAUCAUGACCAUCCCUCUUCCCACCAUGGGAACCUCCAUCACAACGGGGACCAGCUCCUCUCAGGUCAUGGCUAACCCUGCUGGACUCAACUUCAUCAACGUGGUGGGAUCUGUCUGCAGUCCCCAGACUCUGAUGAAUUCUAGUCAAAUGUUGGGUCCUGGUCUCAACCUGAGUGGUCUAGGAGGACUGAUGCCUACCAUGCAACCAACCACACAAACAGGGAGUCCAUUUGGUUUGAACACUAGUCCAGGCCUGAGACCCCUCAACCUGCUACAGAUCCCUACAGGUCCUCUGAUCUUUAACUCUCUGCAGCAGCAGCAGCUCUCCCAGUUCUCUCCUCAACAGAGUCAGUCUGCUACGUCCAGCCCACAGCAGCAAGGAGACAUGGGUGAUCAGGGGUCAGACCAGGGUAUGGGUGCUCAACAGACUGCUGUCAUCAACCUGACUGGAGUAGGAAGCUUUAAGUCCCCACAGACAGCAGUUGCAAUUCUUGCACCAAAUGCAGCAGCAAAUGGCUAUGAGGGGGGCGGCGCCUCCGGGGGUGUCGCCACGGCUACAUACCGCCAGCCAACCAAGAAGUAAGAGGAAGAGGAGCACACCGCAGCCCCACCCCUAAUCAUGACGAUGACGACCCCCUACACACACACACACGCACACACUCAUAAAAUGACCCCCAGCCAUCUGGUGAGCAAUGCCAUGGCACCUCCCCAAAUCAUGGAGAGAAAACCAACCCCUUCCCCUUCACGAAGACGUGAAUGAUCCAAACUGCACUCUCCUCCCUCACUGUGGAGACUCUGUUGCCUCCCAACUCCCUCACUGUGGACACUCUCUUGCCUCCCAACUCCCUCACUGUGGAGACUCUGUUGCCUCCCAACUCCCUCACUGUGGACACUCUCUUGCCUCCCAACUCCCUCACUGUGGAGACUCGGUUGCUUCCCAACUCCCUCACUGUGGAGACUCGGUUGCUUCCCAACUCCCUCACUGUGGAGACUCGGUUGCUUCCCAACUCCCUCACUGUGGAGACUCGGUUGCCUCCCAACUCCCUCACUGUGGAGACUCGGUUGCUUCCCAACUCCCUCACUGUGGAGACUACAGGCAAAAAUUCUUGUUAUUUUGUAGCGGAAAGAAGAUGAAAUGUAUGAUGUAAUAAUGGAUAACACUCUCACCCAGCAUCAUAACACACAUACUUAGACCGGUUGUGACAUGUAUUGCGUUAUAUGGCUGUUGUGACACCUACAUAAGUGUCAACCUACCACACAAGGCAAAACAUUCCAUUGCACCGUAACCUAUGUGUCAACAGUACAUUUGUUAUAACAUUUUUUUUUUGAAUGUACCAUAUUAAAUAUUAAUUGUGUACACAUUGAUGUCAGACAUGCACCUAGUCCAAUGCUCUGUUGUUGAUGACUGGGAUGAAUGCAGGACAAGACACCCUCUUUGUGACUGACACAAGGACAUGUACAGGAAAGGACUGAUUAUGACGGGCAUAAAGUGUCUUUUCUACAAGUUUUUAUUUUAAAUAUGAUGGAACAAAAACUUAAAAGGAACUUUGCCUGGUGAAAAAAACUGAUUUGAGUUAGUGUUGGUUUUGACACUUUUGUAGGGUUUUUCGCCGACCAUUAAAUAACAAUGUCACAACCGGGGUAAAUACAUGGGUCAUAAGUGUGUUGACCAUAUUGAGAGGUUAUGGGUGUAGAGUAAAGUGUAAUCAAUAAUGCUUUUUGGUUGGUGUGAGCCCGAAUCAGGUUGUCCCGACAACCAUAGAACUGUUUUUUAGAAACAGAGAACUCACCGUUUUUAAAAUAACCUAUUUUUGAAAUGUGUUAGGAAAUGCGUUCUUUUGUUAGUGGGAGGGAGGUGUUUCCUCCCCGACGUCUGUCCUGUUAUGCCCCCCCCCUGCGGUGACUCGAACAGAGCCUAACUCAUGGACGGACAGCACAACUCAGAAGACUCCUCGUCAACGACCGUGCCUGAUUCUCCAUGGCUUUGGGUGCAUCUGAAAAUGGGUCACUAUUCCCUCCAUAGUGUACUACUGUUGAUCAGGCUCUGGUUAAAACUAGUGCACUUAUGUAGGAAAGUGUGCCAUUUUACGGUCACAGAAUAGCUCUCUCUGCGGGAAGAUGAUCAUGACGCCGAACACAGAGAACUUGUUUUCCCAGCAUGCAAUUGCUGAGUGCGUUUUUCAUAAGGCAUUUUCUUGUACUAGUGUGGGGGGAGGGGGCUGGGCAGUCAAGAACAAGUGUAUAUUUGUGUGAGACAUUUCUGGGACACUGAGGCAGAAUGUUUUAAAUGGUCUUUAUCAGCAGUUUGUUGUGAUAAAGAAAAUAUAUAUUGACAGGAAAAUACAACUUUUAGAGAAAAAUAAACGUGUGUGUUUA